UCUAUCUCUCUGUCUCUCUCUCUCUCUCUCUCUCUCUGCCCGUCUCUCCCCCCUCGUUCUACUUCCCAUCUCUUCCUUAAUCCCAUUUGCCAUUGUACAUGCCCAAUCGCCGUAUACUUUCCGCAUUUAACUUGGAUGACAUUUUUAUUUCAUCAUUAGCAUCCGGCGCCAGACUGACGCGGUGGACACAGUUGCAUUUUGACUAAGGAGCGCACAAGACUUGGAUGCAAUAUCGAUAUUAUUUUGUUCUCUCUGAAGAAUAUUUACUUUUCUGAUGUGUAUUUUAUUUUUGUCGUUCUCGAUCAUCUGGUAAUCAAGACGAUAUUCCUCAUUUAAAACAUCGCAAAGAAGGACAAUUACCAGUCUUCUAUUCGAAUAAUAUCACUGUUUCUAAGUCAUUUAACACUUACAUUUGUGGUCUAAGGCAUUAGGACCACAACCUCCAAGCAGCAAUGCCCGAGACGGCGCAAGAGACGUGCACUCCGGUGAAAGACUCUCCCUUCUUCAUUAAGAACUUGCUGAACUGUGAUAGUAAACCAUCCAAACCCAAGCCCAUCUUCGCCUCGGCAAAGGUUGCUUUUGAAGGGGGCUUUUCUCUAUCCCAGGUCGGGGACUUCAACUUUCCUCGCUUUGAGUUACCCACACAGAGGUUUGCCUUACCUGCGCACUAUCUGGAGCGAGCCUCAGCAUGGUGGUAUCCCUACACACUCAGUGCAGCCAGUCAUCUACACAGAACCGAAGUUGCGGAGAAGGCAAGAGCAAGAGACUCCUCUCCAACCUCGUGCACGGAUCGCGACUCGCCAGACCUGGUGCUCAAAUCUGACCCAGACAGCAAAGAAGACGAGGACAACAAAAGUGGGGAUGAAAUAGUUCUUGAAGAGAGUGAUCCUGAGGACACAAAGAAAGACAGUGGGGUAGACGACUGGAAGAAAAACGAGGACGGUGGGGACAAGAAAGCAUGUCGAAAAAAGAAAACACGCACAGUGUUCUCCCGGAGUCAGGUGUUUCAGCUCGAGUCCACCUUUGACAUGAAACGCUACUUGAGCAGUUCGGAGAGGGCCGGAUUGGCAGCGUCUUUGCACCUGACAGAGACCCAGGUAAAGAUUUGGUUCCAGAACAGAAGAAAUAAAUGGAAGAGACAGCUUGCCGCUGAACUAGAGGCUGCCAAUCUGAGCCACGCCACUGCACAGAGGAUAGUGCGAGUGCCCAUCCUCUACCACGAGAACUCUGCCUCAGAGACUGGCAGUGCGACCGGGAACGUGCCUGUGAGCCAGCCGCUCCUCACCUUCCCUCACCACCUCUAUUACUCUCACCCAAUCGUCACCUCUGUGCCGCUACUCAGACCGGUCUGAAAAACAAGAGGUUGUUGUCUAUAUUCCUAACUCGUACAGAACACUACACAAUACAAACUAAAACAAUAUUUUUGUAAAGAAGAAAAUAAAAAAAAGAGAGCCAUGCUUUCUGUCAAAGAGGACCUAUAUUGCGCAUUUUUAUAUUAGACUGCAGUUUACAUUUUCUCUGGUAUAAUUUCACACUAUUAGCAUAUUGUUAUUAUUAAUAUUAAAAGUAUUCUUCUAAUUAUUGUUAUAAUAAUAAUUAUAAUUAGGUCUAUUAUUAUUAGGCCUUUUGUUAUUAUAGCAGCUUUGAGAUCAUUUCCGCUAAGACUAUCCAGUUCACACUGCCCCAAAUUACAUUUCAGCAAGCCUGUUUUCCCCGCGCAGAACCAUAACAUUCAGGAAAUUACAUUGGAGUUAAUUUUGUUCAAUUUCCAUUUACAACGUGUGUUAUGACAAUUCGGUAACAUUGGUUUGUUUUCUAUCGGACAAUGUGAUUUUUGAUAUGGGCAAUACUGUAAGCACUAGCAUUUGACCCCAAGUUAUGUGAUAGACCCAUUCAAUUCAUUGUGUUUUCUCUUUGCUCAGCUAUUUAGGAAUGAAUAUCGGACAGAUUAUCGAACGGGCUUAUUUUUUUCGUCUUUUUUUAAACUUAAAGCGCUUUAGCAGCGGACAAUCAAGAUACAUUAUUUUAUGUACAAUAUAAUUGUAGCUUAUAGGCUUAUUGUUUUUAUGUACUGAUUCUCAUUUCUGCUUGCUCGACAAUGUCCUUAUAGCACAACUAAGAAUUGAAUGUCAUUGCCUUUUGUGUUUUUGAAACUUGAUCAUGGUGUACAAAUGUAUAUGGAUAUAUUGAAUCGAGUCAAUGAAAGAAGCUACCAGGUGAUGCUAUUCCUUUGUACAGAAAAACACGUUUUGAUAUUGUAUUGCUGAAUUAUGUUGUGAAAUAAAUGGAGAUUAUUCCAUAUUUAAAUAUUUCAAAUCAGUGCGUACUCAAGCAUGCACAAUGAUGUAAUGAGGUGUAGUCUACAUAUGCCUCAGGCAUCUAUUCAUAAAUGUCUAAUAUUGCCUGUUUGCUUCCCAAACAAAUUAGGCUAUUGUCGACUUUCAAAACGUCUUCAUGAACAGGAUUUAUUGUUGCAUAAUGAAAAUGAAUAUAAAUAAACAAACAAUACAACUUUCCAUCAAAUCUUUAUUAUAGACCCAAUAUAAUUGUUGUGGCUUUCAAAAUUGUCAUGUGUGAGAGGAAAUCAAUAUGCUCCUAGCAUAUACAAAGAGGAGGAUAUUCUGCCUAAAUACUGUGUCUGAUCAUAAGUCAAUUCCCAUUACAGAGGCUCGACUGGGUCUAUCUAACAACAAGUGCUACUGGUCUGGCAGACCACGUGGCCGACACUCCUAGGAGACACAUUGCCAUAGAUAGCGAUGGUUGACUAAGUAAGAUUAUUACAAUUUGGACGCUUGACAUAUGAUAUACAGUAUAUUGAAACAUUUAUCCUUGGAACAAACACGGUGGAAAAUGUGAGUAGACCAUGUAGCCAAAAGACAUCAGAAAAAGUUAGAAUUAAUCACAAUUAAGCAUUAUGCAUAUACAUAGGCGCAACUUCACAAAGUUAGAUAUUGAAAUCACACACUAACCUUUUUUAUUUGCUUUAAUUAUUAGUAAAUAGUUUAAUUUGCCAUCCAUAUUGAAUGUAAAUACAGGUAGGCCUACCCCGAAACCACACGCUUAUUUUGGGAGACCCAUACAUCAUUAUGUGAAUGAAGAACCUGAGCAGGUGCGUAAUCAACCUGCUGUUAUGCACUUUCAAAAUUGUUUUACAUUUUAAAAAAUGUAUCGGUCAAUUAGAUGCGUAAUUGCCACCAUCUUGAGGGUAAUGUAGUCUAUUCAAAAGAGAAAAAUUACAUUCCCUAGUAUUGGGCUGUUCAAAAAUGCGUGCGUGUGGUGGACGUGUGUCCGUGCGUGUGUGCGUGCGUAGCUCGAGGCUAAUUUUAACAUUUAAUUUAAAAAAGUGUAGGUUUAAUUUCGCAACAAUACUCGUUUAACUUGUGGAUGCAGCUUCGAUGUCCGACUUUGGUAAUGGUAUACCACUGGACAGGUGCAAUUAGCCCACCAAAUAUGCAAUUUGUCUUUGACGUAAUGGUUAUAUUGUCAAUUUUGUCUGUGUAGUUUCAGCUGGGUUAGCAGAACAUGAAGGCCUAGAUUUAGGGUUUUCUCAAUUCGUUUUCAUGUUCUAAGGGUUUAGUUUGGUUGCAUCUGGCUAUUCACACACCAAUGCCAAUGUCUCUGCAAUGCAUGCCUGCAAUUCACCUGUGGAAUGUUUAUGACGUAGACAUAGAGCUAUUGCAAAUGGUCGAAAAGAUACAUUUGUGUUGAGUAGAAAACUUUUUCACAAGAUACCAAAGGUUAUCUCAAGUCUUUCGAUCACCGUAGGCCACAUUAAUGUUUUAGGGAGUCGAAAGGUCUUGAUAGCUACAUGACAAAGAUUAACGUAGACUCUCUCCUCAAACCUUCACAAUUUGUAUCCACGGUAUGUUGUGGACGGACUUUUUCCUUUUAAUACAUAGGGAAAUAUUCUUUGUUAAAUCAUAAUGUUUCACCGGUUUAAUGUCAGUCACUAAUUUUUCCCUUAUUUGUGGACGAGAUAAAUUGGCUGAAAUGACAUAGCUGCAACAUUAGCCUAAUAUAAAGUUUAAUUAACUAUCUACAAUGUUAGAUGGAAUAAUAUACAUAUCAAUAUGUUGACUAUAAAAUGACUCUUGAAGAUUCGACCUACUUCGUUGUUGUAUUCAGCAUUCCUUCCAGCUGAGUAGAAACCAGUCAACGCCUUGCCUAAAGGUCAUUUUCUGAUUUUAUCUCUAAUGCAGUUAUCGAAAACAAAUCAGUAGCUACUGUAUUAUGACCGCAUCACUAGACAGAGUGCAUUCAAAUAUAGUCUGAUAAUCACUCAUGUAUUGACGUAUUAUAUCAUGCAAACUCCACAUGGACCCAUUACAGAGAAUUAAUAGAUUGGGAUAUAUGGCGUUCUUCCCCUAGCAGAUAUUGAUCUACAAACGUCUAAAAUAUUGUUACAGAAAAUGACAUUGUUCACGGGCAGUUCUGGUUACGCUCAUGACCUUGAUUUGCGCGCAUAAAUUGAAAAAAAAUGACAACUCGAUAAUUUCCAUUUGUUGAACAUAUUUAUGUAAAGUAGAAGGGGCGAGACCAAAAAUAGGAUAAAGUAGCCUACAUUUGCAGGAACAGGGCAACGGACGUAACCGCAGGAUAGUUGAGUGCUGAUCAAGUGCCAACAGUUUAUGUAUUUUCAGCCCUUUACUGAAACCCUGGGCAUCUGUUUACGCAUGUGUGAUUCAUGCAAAUAUCUGUAUCUUGUGUUGCAAUUUCAUUACCGUAGGUAGGCAUAAUUAUGUUAAUUGAGCUUAAAGGGAAAAUCCACUCAAAAAUUAUCUUUUGUUAUUUAUUUUCAUUAGUCCACUGUUGAUACAGUCCCAAAAUGUUGUGCAUAUCAGAUGUCCAGUUUUAAAGAUACUGGACUUUCAAGAAGCAAAGUGUCACAGGCCACAUCAUUGAUGAUGCAAAAUGAUUAGUCAGGAAAGCUUGAAAAAAAAAUAUCAAAAGUAAGUUUGAGUGGAUUUUACUAAUUGUUUGUACAUUGCCACAAGCCUGCAUACAUUUGUGAAUAUCGUGGCAUCAUUUUGUCAAUAAUGUAUGAAAUAAAAACUAACUUUUGGAGUUAAAGGGAUAACAUGGGCCUUAGCACAACACUUUCUGGACACACUUAUUUUUUAGGGAACGGAAA